AUGGAGUUCCUGGCGUCCAUCAUCGACACGGUGUUCCGACCGCUCAAGGACUACGUCGCACGGACCGUCAGCUACACCAUGUCCUACGCCGACUACAUCGACCUGUUGGUCGACAAGAUGAGUGAGCUCAAGAGCAAGCGCGAUGACAUCCAGCGCAUGGUCGCCGCCGCCCUCAAGGAGAAGGCCGACUUCCAUAAGCUAGGAUAA